UUGAAAGAAAAGAGAAAAUGGCAGCUGAAGAGAUAUAUUCAGAAGAGGAUCUCUCCUGUUCAGUGUGUUAUGACAUCUUCAGGGAUCCUGUUGUCCUGUCAUGUGGCCACAGUGUCUGUAAAGAGUGUCUGGAAGUAUUCUGGAGAAAAAAGGAACGUCGAGAGUGUCCAGUGUGCAAACAGUGGAACCCAUCCGAUCCUGUCUGUAACUUCGUGUUGAAGAGACUUUGUGAGUCUCACUUACAGGAGUACAGUCAGAGAUACUCAGCAGGAUCUAAACAGCACUGCUGCAUACACAGUGAGCAACUGAAAUUCUUCUGUCUGGAAGAUAAACAGCCUGUAUGUCUGAUUUGCCAAACAACUCAACAGCACAAAAACCACGAGUGCUAUUCCAUAGAUGAAGCUGCAGCUCACUUUAGGCGGGAACUCAAAACUGCCCUGAAGCCCUUACAGGAAAAGCUGGAGUGCUUCAGUCAAGUGAAACAGUCCUACCACAAAGCCACAACACAUAUUAAGAGGCAGACCCAGCAAACAGAGCAGAAGAUAAGAAAUGAGUUUAAGAAGCUGUACCAGUUUCUCCGAUUUGAAGAGGCAGACAGAUUACUUGCACUGCACCAAGAAGAGGAGCAGAAGAUUUGGAUGAUGGAGGAAAAGAUUGAAGAAAUAAACAAUGGCAUAUCAUCCCUUUUGAAAAUUAUCAGAGCCAUAGAAGAGGAUAUGUGGACUGAAGAUCUCUUACUCAUACAGAACAUUGAGUCCUCGAUGAAUAGAGCUCAGUGCCCUUUGCAGGAGCCACAGAUGGUUUCAGGAGCACUGAUUGAUGAAGCCAAGCAUGUGGGCAACCUGGCAUUCAGAACAUGGGUGAAAAUGAAGGACAUUGUGCAGUACAGUCCCGUCAUUUUGGAUCCCAACACCGCACACACGUCCUUUACACUGUCUGACGAUCUGACCAGCGUGACAUUUGAUGAAACCCAAGACAUGACACACCUUCCUGAUAAUCCAGAAAGGUUCGAAAAGAGCGUAUGUGUCCUCGGCUCUGAAGGAUAUGACUCAGGGAGCCAUUGCUGGGACGUUGAGGUUGGGAAUAGGAGUUUGUGGGAGGUGGGAAUUACCACAGAGUCUAAUCCAAAAAAUGGAGGGCUGUUUUAUAAUGGGGUUUGGAGUGUGGAAAACAAUUGCGGGUUUUACACUUGCUCUCCAGCUCGGCCAAAGUCUCCGUUCUCUGCUGAAGGAGGACUCGAGAGAAUCCGAAUACAGCUGGACUGGGACAGGGGAGAGGUGUCCUUCUCUGAUCCUCUCAAUGACACAGAAAUAAAAAGCUUCAAUCACACAUUUACUGAGAAAGUCUAUCCAUUUUUCUGGAGUCGCAGGCAGGGCUCUCCUGUUCAGAUUUUGCCCAUGACCAUUUUACCCAUGACAGUUCUUAAAGCUGAAUGAGUCAUGGAAGAUCUGACUGAAGCCCUGAAGCAUGUGUUUGGCUAAUAAAGAAAGACAGGUUUGUCAAGAAACAUGUCUGGAUAUAUACAUUGAUAAAUCUUUCACUUUUAUCUGCCUUUUUUUAAUUAAAAAAUUUCUCCUGCUUUUUUUCCUCAGGCUUUUUUUUUCCCUUCCAUUUUUUCUUCCAUAUUUCUAACAAAGUCAUAAUACAGCCUUAAAAUUAUGAUUGUACAAUGAAAAAUAGGAUGAAGAUGAAAUUGUGUCAAUAAUAAAUUGAAUUUUCAUUACAA